UGAGCGACACUCACCAUUUCAUUUUCUCAGCUGGUCUGGAAAAUGCUCAAGGUUUCUCUCGGCCAGAUCGGCCAAACAUUUAGGCAGUUUGCUUCUUACACACGAGGAGACAGACCAGCUUCUUCACAUUGGGUGCCAAUUCAUCUCGUAGCCGGAACUAUCUGCACUGUUUCACCGACCGGCUUCUCACUGGUACAUGCAUUAUAUUCUCGAGCGAUUUACAUUUCUUCUUGACUUCUCAAACUUGAGCGACCUUCACCUAUCAAUCUCCGUCCGUAUGAGACGAUAUCUUCCCGCUGUCUAUGGGCGCUUCCAAUGAACAGCUUCCUCCGGCUUUCAUGUGAAGUGGUUCGGAGGCCAGGCAUCUAUGCGAAGCAUGUGUAACACUUUUACGACCUUGCACAUUCAUCCAGAAAUAUGAUCGCUAGUCACACGUCCGACUUCUCCGGCUCUUCGUUUGCAAGGAUUUUUUCCUGAUAUGAUGAGUUACUAAUUUGGCACAAUGACAGACUGGGAGAGUCAGGCUCAAAGG